AAGGGAACGCCUGGCUAACUCUGUUUUGCAUGCUGUUGUAGGGUUGUAUUCAUUCACUCUUUUCUAAAACGUUUUCUUGAGAAGCUAUGUGAAAGAUGCCAGCAGAAGUAUCAGAAAAGAAAGAGAUAGAGAAAACUACUUGGGAGAAGCUUCAGCUUCCAUAUGAUCCAGACUGUGUUAGCUGCAAGGUUAUUGGAAUGUUAACCUUAUAUGGUGCAGGAAUACUGGUCUUGAGCAAUGUGAAAAGAGUGCCUGAAGCCAACAAAGCUGGGAAAUUUGCUAUGGGUCUCUUUGGAUUAGGUUUACUUGGCACUGGAACGAUGAGGCUCUUUGUAUAAACACUUUGAGAAAAUAUCCAUAUUUCUCCUCAGAGGACUAAAAUCUUAAAGGAGUGGGGAGGACCUUAUACUUUAUUUAAAUGAAAGUUUUCAAUAGAGCUGAUUAACCAAUUUCCCCCAGUUUUCUGUAGUAUGUCCUUACUUACCACAUUUUUCAUCAUCUAGCCGUCCAAAUGUUGUGGAAGUGGUAAAUGAGAGAAAAAAGAAAACUGGGGGAAAUUGGUUUCUUACCACAGAAAAUUUGCGAUUUUACCACAAAAACAAGGGAAAAAUUUGAAAGAAAAAUGGUUUGAAUGUGUGUGUGAUUUGCUGGGGUAAUUUAUCAGUAUGUCCUCCUAUUUCUCUUGGCUCUAGACCAAUCAGAAAGUGAGAAAACUCACAAAUGUGGCAAAAUAAAAAAUUUGACAUUUGUCCACACUUCUGGAGAAAGUAUGGGUGUUUAUUAUCUACCCUGUUGGAUUAAGAAAAUAAAUUUCACAUAUAUUUUUGGAGCAAAACACUGAGGUAAAAUACUUUUGUAUGCUAGUUUUUGUAUAAGAUUUAAACACUUCAAAUUUUAAUUUAUAGGAUGAAGUUUUAUUUUGAUUCUUGGGCUUGAUAAGAAAGUUAUAUCCGAUUAAAUGCAACAAAUAUUGUUUCAAAUGUAAAACGAGAAAACUUUAAUGUGAUGGAUACAAAGAAAUAAAAGAAAA